AUGAUCACCACUGGCACCGUUACGACUCGAAAGCGAAGAAAAAGGACCCCAAUCGCUUGUUUGAGGUCAACCAUUUCUUUGUCUUUGGUGUGGGUGCUUUUAGGGCUUACGGUUGGUCCACCGCGGCGGUGUUCCGGUGCUCCUUCGCUCGCUGCAAAAUCCUGGCCAUCGAUGAAGACGUACGACAUUUGGGGUUCUCCCACGGUCACGGACGGAACGGCAAGGUCGAACGAUUCCUUUGACCCAGUUACGAACCGGUACAAUGGGACGGCGAUCGGUUCCGGAGCGGCAGCGGUACGCCGCAGCCGGUACAGCUACGGUGAACCGACCGGUGUCGCUUCCUUCUACGGUGACGCAAGCCAUAGGCAACGGGACGAUGGCACACCACCACGAAGACGUUCCGCGAAAGUGCUCAACUUCCUACCGGUGCCGGUAGAUGACGAGUGCCUGUCGGAUGAUGGCCGCCGGACGGGGAUGUGCAUGAACGUGUACGAGUGUCGCAUACAGGGAGGAACGGCUCGAGGUCAGUGUGCACUCGGGUUCGGUGUGUGCUGUGUGUUUGUCGCCACCUGUAACGAGGAGAUAGUGAACAACAUUACGUACUUUGUGUCACCGGCCUUCCCUGGCAUCGUGCCCAAAGAUCUUGGUAGCUGCAAGCUGAAGAUAAAGCUGAUGAAUCCCGACAUCUCGCAGUUAAAGUUUGAUUUCAUUCAUUUCGCGCUGGGACAACCGAAUCGACGCACCGGAGUAUGUGAGGGAGACCUGUUUCGGCUAAUAGGAGGCAUCUCCCCAUUUGACCUGUGCGGACAAAACUCGGGCCAACAUCUGUACUACGAUCUCAACCCGAAAAGUCGUGCCGAGGAGCAGAUUGAGCUGGAGAUGAACUUUGCCUCACGGUCAUUUGCUCAACGGCUUUGGGAGAUCCGUGUGUCACAGAUUCCUUUCAGCCAACGUUCGCCUAGUGGUUGUAUGCAGUACUUUACCGGUACCGAGGGUCUUAUACAGACGUUUAACUUUGCGGAAAAUGGACGCUACUUGGCGAACCACAAUUAUCGUGCAUGCAUCCGGCAGGAGAAAGGCAUGUGUUCGGUGUCGUAUGAACCGUGCGAUGAACAGUCGUUCCGGAUAGGUCUACCAGGUACGGGUGGGCAAGGAGCGCUUGGAGGAGCACCAGGUGCAGGAGGAGGAGGAGGUCCACUGGGUGGAUUAGCUCCAUCAGGAACACCGGGAGGACCUCUUUCAGGAACAGGGACCUUCUCGGAUCCAUCACUCGCAGACGAUCCACUAGCACCUGCGGCGGAUAUUCCCGUCGAACCUUCUCCAGUUGCUGAUCCAAUAGUUGAGGCAGCGCCAGACGCACCGGCGGCUGAUCUCGAGCCAGCAGCCGAUGAACCCGUCCCCGCAGAAGAGGAACCCGAAGUAGCAGCCGAUGAUCCAGCAGCUGAUGAUGAAGGAUCUGGUGGUGGAGGUGGUGGAUUCUUCGACGGGUUCUUCCCAUCGUUUUUCUCGCGCAGCAUCUUCGACGAUGAUGAGCAAGAGCUAAAGAAGGUCCCGAAACGACGAAAGGGUCGUGCUUUGGCGAAAGCAGACUGGCAAUCGCGACAAUUCGAGGGUAUCAACUGUCUCGACCGAAUAACGUUACCAUGCAUCGUCGAGGACUUUAUUGGGGUUGGGAUGGGCGAUCUGCCCACCUGCCGACCAGUACACUGCGGAAACUCACUGUGUCCUCCCGGUGUGUCACCGUGCCGGGUGGAAACAUCAGUCACCCCGUUUCGGCUUGGAAUUCACUUUGGCGAAGGAAUCGAUCGGGGCAGUCCGGAGGACAACUUGGGCGCGUGUAUCCGAUACAAUCAAAUUCCUUGUGCGGGUUAGGGUUUGUGU